UCUGGAUCCCACCUCCUAGAAUAGUCAGUAGUACUUCACAAAUCACACUUGGUUGUCAACCCACUCCCAGUCCCAAAACAAAUAGUAUUUUACUACUUUCCUCACAAUACACGGCAAGAAAUGAAUCGCAUACUGGAGGAGGUGAUCCGUCAGAAUGGAGCCACGGUGGAUCGCAUAUUAUCGGAGCACACUUUGGGAUACGUGGUCUCCGACAACGUGGCGAAUGCGGUGGCAGAAACGUCCUUCGACAACACCAGUGCCCAGGCGAUCGUGAAGCACCUGAAUGGACUCCUGGUGAGCACCUGCCAAAGUGUAGUUCGGGACAUUGACCCGGCCAACAAGCUGUGCUUCAUGCGGCUGGCCACUCGCAAGUUCGAGUACCUGGUGGCACCCGAGGAGUACUUCACCAUCACGGUCGUCCAGUGAGGGGAAUGGGAGCCACACUCCACUAAAACUCCAGGAUUCAGAAAAAACGAAGUCAGUAUUACUUUAGAAUUGACUGAGACUUUUGGGAACAGUCUCCUGAGAGUGAUCAAAAUUCUUAGGAUAUUGUUUCCUAAAAUCUCUUGGCCAUUCUCUUUAAAUAUUGUACAAGACUAAAGGAAAUACAAACAUAUAAAAUGUGCGUUAUAGGAAAUUCGA